AUUAUAUUUAUAUAUUUCACACCAAAGUAGCUAGGACGUACACCUAUGUCGUACCAAUACAUUUGUUUAUUAAAAAGAAACAAAAUGUGUACACAACCUAGCAGGCAUUUAUUUUUGUAGAAUCAGGUAAUUUUUUAAUUUAAACUAUGAUGUCAUUUUAGAAGCUAACUUUAUAAUAAUGUUGGUUCGACUCUUUUGCAGAUACGGCGACUUCAAAGUACUUAAGUUAUUACUGAAAACAUAACACCGAGGCGUUGUCUGCUGUCACUCAGAAUACUCUUAGUGCUACAUAUAAGAUAGGUGGUGAUGUAUCUGUACUUGUUGCUGGCAGUAAAUGCGGACCCGUGAGUUCCAUUUAUAAAAAUUGGAUCUAGUGAUUUUUACUAAUUCUCCUUGCUUUGCAUUUUAUUAUGUUGGUUUUAAAUAAUUAGGUUACCACACUUGUUUUUGGCUGCAGAGAAGAAACCGUAUUGCCAAAACCGGUGGAAUAUCUAUCAAAUUAGCUAAACGAGUAAAAUACUUUGACUUUGACAAGAAAAAGGAGAUGCAAAUUGAAAUUAAAAAUUAAAAGAAUAUGAAGUCACUCUCCGUUACAUCAGAGAUUUUUUCGGUAAAAAGCAAUCAUUUAUUGGGUAAUCGAUCAAUAUGCCGUGCCAUAUAAAUCCAUUGAUUAAAUUAAUACAUUAAAUUAUUAUGUUUAUUAAAAAAAUAAGUAAAUUUUGCUUGCACAAUUUUCCUAUAAGUUACAAUCUAUAGUUUUAUUUUGAUAUGAAAAAAAAAUUAAGAAUGUAUAUACGAAAUAUUAUUUAUUGUACAGUCAACAUUAUAGCAGGGCUAUACAAAUCUGUCAAAUUCGUACUCAUGAUUUUGAAACCUUAAUAAUUUGAGGGUAGAGUUUAAAUAAAACUACGGAAGUUAGUCCUAUUGUGGUAAUCUGACGAACAGCCAUGUGUGUACAUAACCUAUUUUUUUUACGAAAUAUCAGUUAGUUUCGUUUUCAUGAUAUCAUGAAAUAAUUUGAAAGAAUAUAAGAAAUAACUUAUUUUUGUAUAUAUAAAUUUCGAAUAAAAAUAUAAUUUUAACAAUAACAACAAAUAAAUAAAUACAGUCAUUUAUUUCAAUGCAAUUGCACAGUACAAAUGACUACACACUCGCGGUGAUUGAGUUGAAAUAAAAUAAGUCUUAAUAAAUCAUAUGUUAUAACGCAUUUACUUAAGAUAUAAUUAUUAAUCAAACUAUCAAUCGUGUAGACGAGACAACAAAUUUAAAAUCCGAACAGCAUUGCCUUCAGCCAAUCAAAUUUCGUCAGAGAGCCAUGACGCGUCAUAAGCGCUAUUUUUUUUUAUAUUAAUGACCAUGACGUUCCGACCAGCCGGUCUAAACUCAACUGUGAAUAGUUUUAUAGAUACAUUUUUGUUACACUACUCGUAUCUCUAGAGUCAAUAAGUCGUGUGUAACUUUGUUAUCUUCUUUUGCAGCGGUGCAUAUGAAUUAGUGCUGACUAAACUAGUGUGAACUAGUAAUAGUGUUUUUGUUUAUUUUUAGAUGGUGCCUUUAAAAGUGUUGUGAGUGAAUGUUGAGUGGAAUAUUCCGUUGUUUACGUGUACUACGAUAUCGGAUGUGCAACAGUACCAGGGCAUCAUAAUGUUCGAGAGGUUUCUCGAGAUUGCUUACGAGGCGGAAUUGAACACUGAUGAAGACCCUGAACUACAGCAGUUGGCGUUCGAGCAGUGCAAUGAGGACCCAGCUACUAGGGCCGCAGCCAUCUCGGAUUUACGUUCAAUGAUAUACGAGCGAGGGGAAUGCCACCCAACGAGGACAGACGAUGCUUUUCUCCUAAGAUAUCUGCGAGCCUCCAAAUUUAUUGUGCCUAAAGCACAUAGACUGCUAGUUCGUUACUGCACAUUCAGGGAGCAGUAUCCUUACCUGUACAAGGACGUUGACAUGUGGAGUCUCACGAAGGUCGGGAACUCCUACGAGGGCACCAUGUUCGACCGCCCCGAUGUCGGCAGACUCUCCAUCUUCAGAUUUGGAGUAUGGGACCCAAGUGAGUUCCCUGUGGAAGAUCUAGUACGCGCUGGAAUGCUAAUGACAGAGAUCGGACUAAGGCAACCGAAACUGCAGGUAUUGGGCGGGACGGUGUUGGUAGAUCUGGAAGGGCUGACGUUACGUCACGUGGCGACACUGACACCUACCGUGGCGUACCAGAUCGUGAAUUUAAUGGGGGUAUCAUUACCGGCUCGUCUCAGGUCGUGCCACAUCAUCAACUACUCGUGGAUCCUCAAUACGUUCUUCUACAUCUUCAAGAGGUUCAUACCGCGGAACGCAUGGAAUAAAAUCUUCUUUCACGGAUACGACUUGAAAUCUUUACAGAAACACAUAGACUUAGAAUGUCUUCCAGAACGAUACGGUGGUACUUGUAGAUACUUUGCAAAUUACGAAACUUGGUUGAGUAAAAUUAAAAAAUACCGUAACGAAAACUUUGAUAAGGAUAUGAAGAGAUUAGGUUAUCUCGUGAAAGAAUAAGCUCCUGUGUAUACUUUAUCUUUUGGAAGAACAUAUUAAAGAUUUUUAUUAAUUCUGAAGAUUAAAUAACUUGAGAAAUAAACUCUAGGAAAAUUUUGUUAAGUAUGAAAACUGUAUCAAUAAGCUUUUUUAGAUGUAAUACUGUAGAUAUAUAACUGUAAAAUCCCGUAU